UUUCCUCUUCCCUAUCCCACUUUUGUAGUCGACGAUGCACGCCUCGCUCAUCCGCCGCAGCCUUGGUGGCCUUGUCCCGCCCAAAAUUGCCACUCCCUCUCACCUCUCCUCUGGAGGCGGUGCCGCCCUCAACCCCCUCGUGAACUUCUACUCGAAGCUCCCCAAGGGCCCCGCACCCACCACCGCCGGCGGAGGCAUCAAGGCCCGCUUCUUCAACGGCAAGAACGCCAGCGGUGCUCCUCUCGUCUGGACCAUUCUCGGCAUCUUCGGUCUUGGCUACACCAUCGACUACCAGAUGCACUUGAAGCACCACAAGAACCACGCUCAUUAGGUUGACACCUGUGGACACUUAGGACUCUAGAUUUCGGUCAUGUCGCGGAGUUUUGGAGAUGACGGUGGGCCCGUUGUUAAGAGUCGAGGUCCUGGGUGAGCGGUUAUAGACCCACGCUAGGCAAUGUCGUCCGUUUUCGCCUACACCAAUAGACGCAUAUCUAUCCCUUU